AGCAGUCGGCCUGCCGCAGGCCGGACGCGCGAAGCAGGCGCGGCGGGGUUGCGGGGCCGCCUGCCCUCGUCCUCCGGGCCGGGUCGCCCUCCUCCCGCACAGUGCGGUGCAGGGAGGCUCCCGCCUCGGCCGCCCCCGCCCGCGCCUCCUCCUCCGCUCUGCAGGCGGGGACCGCCUGGCGCUCGGCGCCCAGCAGCCGCGGCUCCCUCCCGCCCCCGGCUCCGGGCGGCAGCAGCAGCAGAGACAGCGCGAGGGGCCGCCGCCGCCAGCGCCGCCGAGCUCCGCGGGGCUCGGGACCCUGCCCCGGCCAGAAGGCGCGGAGCCAUGGCCGAUGGGGGCGAGGGCGAGGAUGAGAUCCAGUUCCUGCGAACUGAUGAUGAAGUGGUUCUGCAGUGUACUGCAACCAUCCACAAAGAGCAGCAGAAGCUGUGUUUGGCCGCAGAAGGGUUUGGCAACAGACUUUGCUUCUUGGAGUCCACUUCGAAUUCCAAGAAUGUCCCCCCAGACCUCUCCAUCUGCACCUUUGUGCUGGAACAGUCCCUCUCUGUCCGGGCCCUGCAGGAGAUGCUGGCUAACACUGUGGAGAAGUCACAAGGGGCAAUUGAUGUGAAAAAAUGGAAAUUCAUGAUGAAGACCGCUCAAGGGGGUGGCCGCCGAACGCUCCUCUACGGACAUGCCGUAUUACUGCGCCAUUCCUACAGCGGCAUGUAUCUGUGCUGCCUCUCCACCUCUCGGUCUUCAACUGAUAAAUUGGCCUUUGAUGUUGGCUUGCAAGAGGACACAACAGGUGAAGCUUGUUGGUGGACCAUCCAUCCUGCCUCCAAGCAGCGCUCAGAAGGGGAAAAAGUACGGGUUGGAGAUGACCUCAUCUUAGUUAGUGUGUCCUCCGAAAGGUACUUGCACUUGUCUUAUGGCAACGGCAGCUUGCACGUGGAUGCCGCUUUCCAGCAGACCCUCUGGAGCGUGGCCCCAAUCAGCUCAGGAAGUGAAGCAGCCCAAGGGUAUCUGAUUGGUGGUGACGUCCUCAGGUUGCUUCACGGACACAUGGAUGAAUGCCUCACGGUCCCUUCGGGAGAACACGGUGAAGAGCAGCGAAGAACUGUUCAUUACGAAGGCGGUGCUGUAUCUGUUCACGCACGUUCCCUGUGGAGACUAGAGACGCUAAGAGUUGCGUGGAGUGGAAGCCAUAUAAGAUGGGGCCAGCCUUUCCGACUACGCCAUGUCACCACAGGAAAAUACUUGAGCCUCAUGGAAGACAAAAGCCUUCUACUCAUGGACAAAGAAAAAGCUGAUGUCAAAUCAACAGCAUUUACCUUCCGAUCUUCCAAGGAAAAAUUGGAUGUAGGGGUGAGAAAAGAAGUUGAUGGCAUGGGAACCUCUGAAAUAAAAUAUGGAGACUCAGUGUGUUAUAUACAGCAUAUCAGUACGGGCUUGUGGCUAACUUACCAGUCUGUGGAUGUGAAAUCUGUGAGAAUGGGAUCCAUACAACGUAAGGCUAUUAUGCAUCAUGAAGGUCACAUGGAUGAUGGCCUAAAUUUAUCCAGAUCUCAGCAUGAAGAAUCACGGACAGCACGUGUCAUCCGGAGCACGGUCUUCCUUUUCAAUAGGUUUAUUAGGGGCCUUGAUGCUCUCAGCAAAAAAGCGAAGGCUUCCACUGUAGACUUACCGAUAGAGUCUGUAAGUCUAAGUCUGCAGGACCUGAUUGGCUACUUCCACCCACCAGAUGAGCACUUAGAGCAUGAAGAUAAGCAGAACAGAUUACGAGCUCUAAAAAAUCGGCAGAAUCUCUUCCAGGAAGAGGGAAUGAUCAACCUUGUACUCGAGUGUAUAGACAGGCUGCACGUGUACAGCAGCGCUGCACACUUUGCGGAUGUCGCUGGGAGAGAAGCAGGGGAAUCUUGGAAAUCGAUUCUGAAUUCUCUGUAUGAGUUGCUGGCGGCUCUAAUUAGAGGAAAUCGUAAAAACUGUGCUCAAUUUUCUGGCUCCCUCGACUGGUUAAUCAGCCGAUUGGAAAGACUGGAAGCUUCUUCUGGUAUUCUUGAAGUUUUACACUGUGUGUUAGUAGAAAGUCCAGAAGCUCUCAAUAUUAUUAAAGAAGGCCAUAUUAAAUCCAUUAUCUCACUUUUAGACAAGCAUGGAAGAAAUCACAAGGUUCUGGACGUCUUAUGCUCCCUCUGUGUUUGCCAUGGGGUAGCAGUCCGUUCUAACCAGCAUCUCAUCUGUGACAAUCUUCUGCCAGGAAGAGACCUAUUACUGCAGACACGCCUUGUGAACCACGUCAGCAGCAUGAGACCCAAUAUUUUUCUGGGUGUCAGCGAAGGGUCUGCGCAGUAUAGGAAAUGGUACUAUGAGUUGAUGGUGGACCACACCGAGCCAUUCGUGACUGCCGAAGCCACUCACCUGCGAGUGGGCUGGGCUUCAACGGAGGGGUACUCGCCCUACCCUGGAGGGGGCGAGGAGUGGGGUGGAAAUGGUGUCGGAGAUGACCUCUUCUCCUAUGGAUUUGAUGGCCUUCACCUCUGGUCAGGUUGUAUUGCCCGUACUGUCAGCUCACCAAACCAGCAUCUGUUGAGAACUGAUGAUGUCAUUAGUUGCUGUUUAGAUCUAAGUGCCCCAAGCAUCUCCUUCCGAAUUAACGGACAACCUGUUCAAGGCAUGUUUGAGAAUUUCAACAUUGAUGGUCUCUUCUUUCCAGUUGUCAGCUUCUCUGCAGGAAUCAAGGUACGCUUUCUGCUUGGGGGGAGACAUGGAGAAUUUAAGUUCCUUCCUCCGCCCGGGUAUGCUCCUUGUUAUGAAGCUGUUCUGCCAAAAGAAAAGUUGAAAGUGGAACACAGCCGAGAGUACAAGCAAGAAAGGACUUAUACACGGGACCUCCUGGGUCCCACAGUUUCCCUGACACAAGCCGCCUUCACACCGAUCCCCGUGGAUACCAGCCAGAUUGUGUUGCCUCCCCACCUGGAGAGGAUAAGAGAAAAACUGGCAGAGAAUAUCCAUGAACUCUGGGUUAUGAAUAAAAUCGAACUUGGCUGGCAGUAUGGUCCGGUUAGAGAUGACAAUAAGAGACAGCACCCGUGUCUGGUGGAGUUCUCCAAGCUGCCUGAACAGGAACGCAAUUACAAUUUACAGAUGUCGCUUGAGACCCUGAAGACCUUGUUGGCAUUAGGAUGUCAUGUGGGUAUAUCAGAUGAACACACCGAAGAAAAGGUGAAAAAAAUGAAGCUGCCGAAGAAUUACCAGCUGACAAGUGGAUACAAGCCUGCCCCGAUGGACCUGAGCUUUAUCAAGCUCACCCCGUCUCAGGAGGCGAUGGUGGACAAGUUGGCGGAAAAUGCUCAUAACGUGUGGGCCCGGGAUCGAAUCCGGCAGGGCUGGACCUAUGGCAUCCAACAGGAUGUAAAGAACAGAAGAAACCCUCGCCUGGUUCCCUAUGCCCUUCUAGAUGACCGAACUAAGAAAUCCAACAAGGACAGCCUCCGUGAGGCCGUGCGCACGCUGCUGGGGUACGGCUACAACCUGGAGGCGCCCGAUCAAGAUCAUGCUGCCAGAGCUGAAGUGUGCAGCGGCACAGGAGAAAGGUUCCGAAUCUUCCGCGCUGAGAAAACUUAUGCUGUGAAGGCAGGAAGGUGGUAUUUUGAAUUUGAGGCCGUCACUGCUGGAGACAUGAGAGUUGGCUGGAGCAGGCCAGGCUGUCAACCCGAUCAGGAGCUUGGCUCGGAUGAACGUGCCUUUGCUUUCGAUGGCUUCAAGGCCCAGCGGUGGCACCAGGGCAACGAGCACUAUGGGCGCUCUUGGCAAGCAGGCGAUGUUGUGGGGUGUAUGGUUGACAUGACAGAACGUACCAUGAUGUUCACACUGAACGGCGAAAUCCUUCUUGAUGAUUCGGGUUCAGAAUUGGCUUUCAAGGACUUUGAUGUUGGUGAUGGAUUCAUACCUGUAUGUAGCCUUGGAGUGGCUCAAGUGGGCAGGAUGAACUUUGGAAAGGACGUCAGCACCUUGAAAUAUUUCACCAUCUGUGGCUUACAAGAGAGCUAUGAACCAUUUGCCGUUAACACGAACAGGGAUAUUACCAUGUGGCUAAGCAAGAGACUUCCUCAGUUUCUCCAAGUUCCACCAAACCAUGAGCAUAUUGAGGUGACCAGAAUAGACGGCACCAUCGACAGUUCCCCGUGUUUAAAGGUCACUCAGAGGUCCUUUGGCUCUCAGAACAGCAGCACGGAUAUCAUGUUUUAUCGUCUGAGCAUGCCCAUCGAGUGCGCGGAGGUCUUCUCCAAGACUGCGGCUGGAGGCAUCCCUGGCGCCAGUCUCUUUGGGCCCAAGAAUGAUUUGGAGGAUUAUGAUGUGGAUUCGGACUUUGAGGUUCUCAUGAAGACAGCUCAUGGCCAUCUGGUGCCAGAUCGAGUGGACAAAGACAAAGAAGCUACAAAACCAGAGUUUAACAACCACAAAGAUUAUGCUCAGGAAAAGCCCUCUCGUCUGAAACAAAGAUUUUUGCUUAGAAAGACAAAGCCAGAUUACAGCACCAGCCAUUCUGCAAGACUCACAGAAGACGUCCUCGCAGAUGAGAGGGACGACUAUGAUUACUUGAUGCAAACGUCCACGUACUAUUACUCAGUGAGAAUCUUUCCUGGACAAGAACCUGCCAGCGUCUGGGUGGGCUGGAUCACGUCCGAUUUCCAUCAAUAUGAUACAGGCUUUGACUUGGACAGAGUUCGUACGGUGACCGUGACUCUAGGAGAUGAAAAAGGGAAGGUGCAUGAAAGCAUCAAACGCAGCAACUGCUAUAUGGUGUGUGCGGGUGAGAGCCUGAGCCCCGGGCAAGGACGCAACAACAACGGCCUGGAGAUUGGCUGCGUGGUGGACACCGCCAGUGGGCUGCUCACCUUCACGGCCAACGGCAAGGAGCUGAGCACAUACUAUCAGGUGGAACCAAGUACAAAAUUAUUUCCUGCAGUUUUUGCGCAAGCUACAAGUCCCAACGUUUUUCAGUUUGAGUUGGGAAGAAUAAAGAAUGUGAUGCCUCUCUCAGCGGGAUUAUUCAAGAGCGAGCACAAAAACCCCGUGCCGCAGUGUCCCCCUCGUCUCCACGUGCAGUUCCUCUCACACGUCCUCUGGAGCAGAAUGCCCAACCAGUUCUUGAAGGUAGACGUGUCUCGAAUAAGUGAACGCCAAGGCUGGCUGGUGCAGUGUGUGGAACCUCUGCAGUUCAUGUCUCUCCAUAUCCCAGAGGAGAACAGAUCCGUGGACAUCCUGGAACUGACCGAGCAGGAAGAACUGCUGAAAUUCCACUACCAUACUCUCCGGCUCUACUCGGCCGUCUGCGCGCUUGGGAAUCACCGGGUGGCCCACGCCUUGUGCAGCCACGUGGACGAACCGCAGCUGCUCUACACCAUCGAGAACAAGUACAUGCCCGGCUUGCUGCGCGCCGGCUACUACGACCUGCUCAUUGACAUCCACCUCAGCUCCUACGCCACCGCCAGGCUCAUGAUGAACAGUGAGUUCAUCGUCCCCAUGACGGAGGAGACGAAGAGCAUCACCCUCUUCCCCGACGAGAACAAAAAGCACGGCCUCCCGGGCAUCGGCCUCAGCACCUCCCUCCGGCCGCGGAUGCGGUUUUCCUCCCCGAGUUUUGUCAGCAUUAAUAACGAGGGUUACCAGCACAGCCCCGAGUUCCCGCUGGACAUCCUGAAGGCCAAGACCAUACAGAUGCUGACAGAGGCCGUGAAAGAGGGCAGCCUUCACGCCCGGGACCCCGUCGGGGGGACCACUGAGUUCCUGUUCGUCCCUCUCAUCAAGCUGUUCUACACCCUGCUCAUCAUGGGCAUCUUCCACAACGAGGACUUGAAGCACAUCUUGCAGUUGAUUGAGCCCAGCGUGUUCAAGGAAGCUGCCGGUCCCGAGGAGGAGGGCGAGUCGCCAGAGAAGGAGCCCUGCGCCUGCGCAGAAGACUCCAAGCUGGAAGGCGCCGCUGAGGAAGAAAACAAAGGGGGUAAGAGGUCCAAGGAAGGCCUGCUCCAAAUGAAACUGCCCGAGCCAGUUAAAUUGCAGAUGUGUCUGCUACUUCAGUACCUCUGUGACUGCCAGGUCCGGCACCGGAUAGAAGCCAUUGUGGCCUUUUCAGAUGACUUUGUAGCCAAGCUCCAAGACAAUCAACGAUUCCGCUAUAACGAAGUUAUGCAAGCCUUAAACAUGUCGGCUGCACUCACAGCCAGGAAGACAAAGGAAUUCAGAUCACCGCCUCAAGAGCAGAUCAAUAUGCUUCUCAAUUUUAAGGAUGACAAAAGCGAAUGUCCCUGUCCCGAAGAAAUCCAAGACAAACUCUUGGAUUUUCAUGAAGAUUUGAUGACACAUUGUGGAAUUGAGCUGGAUGAAGAUGGGUCUCUGGAUGGAAACAGUGAUUUAACAAUUAGAGGACGCCUGCUGUCCUUGGUAGAAAAGGUGACAUACCUAAAGAAGAAGCAAGCUGAAAAGCCCAUUGAGAGUGACUCCAAGAAGUCAUCCACUCUUCAGCAGCUGAUUUCUGAGACCAUGGUCCGAUGGGCUCAAGAGUCUGUAAUUGAAGACCCUGAGUUGGUGAGGGCCAUGUUCGUGUUGCUCCAUCGACAGUAUGAUGGCAUUGGGGGUCUGGUCCGGGCUCUGCCAAAGACCUACACUAUAAAUGGUAUUUCCGUGGAGGAUACCAUCAACCUGCUGGCAUCUCUUGGUCAGAUUCGUUCUCUGCUGAGUGUGAGAAUGGGCAAAGAAGAAGAGAAACUUAUGAUUCGUGGAUUAGGGGAUAUCAUGAAUAAUAAAGUGUUUUACCAGCACCCUAAUCUCAUGAGGGCACUUGGGAUGCACGAGACAGUGAUGGAGGUCAUGGUGAAUGUCCUUGGAGGUGGGGAGUCCAAGGAAAUCACUUUUCCCAAGAUGGUGGCCAACUGUUGCCGUUUUCUCUGUUACUUCUGUCGUAUAAGUAGGCAGAAUCAGAAAGCAAUGUUCGAUCAUCUCAGUUAUUUACUGGAAAACAGCAGUGUUGGUCUUGCCUCACCAGCUAUGAGAGGUUCAACGCCACUGGACGUGGCAGCAGCCUCGGUGAUGGAUAAUAAUGAACUAGCCUUAGCUUUGCGGGAGCCAGAUCUGGAAAAGGUAGUGCGAUAUUUGGCUGGUUGUGGACUGCAAAGUUGUCAGAUGCUGGUGUCAAAGGGUUAUCCAGACAUUGGGUGGAAUCCAGUUGAAGGAGAGAGAUAUCUUGACUUUCUCAGAUUUGCUGUCUUCUGUAAUGGGGAAAGCGUGGAGGAGAAUGCAAAUGUCGUGGUGAGAUUGCUCAUCCGGAGGCCUGAGUGUUUUGGUCCUGCCUUGAGGGGGGAAGGUGGGAAUGGUCUGCUCGCAACCAUGGAAGAAGCCAUAAAAAUAGCUGAGGAUCCUUCUCGAGAUGGUCCCUCACCAACUAGUGGAUCCAGCAAAACCCCUGAUACAGAAGAGGAGGAAGAUGAUACCAUCCACAUGGGGAAUGCCAUCAUGACAUUUUAUGCAGCUUUGAUUGACCUCUUAGGACGCUGUGCUCCUGAAAUGCAUUUGAUUCAUGCUGCUAAGGGAGAAGCCAUCAGAAUCAGGUCUAUUUUGAGAUCCCUGAUUCCACUGGGAGAUUUGGUGGGAGUAAUCAGCAUUGCUUUUCAGAUGCCAACGAUAGCCAAAGAUGGGAGUGUGGUGGAGCCUGACAUGUCUGCGGGGUUUUGCCCAGAUCACAAGGCAGCCAUGGUUUUGUUCCUUGACAGGGUCUAUGGAAUUGAGGUUCAAGAUUUCCUCCUCCAUCUUCUCGAGGUUGGCUUUCUGCCGGAUCUGCGGGUUGCUGCUUCUUUAGAUACGGCUGCUUUGAGCGCUACAGACAUGGCCCUGGCCCUCAAUCGGUACCUUUGCACGGCCGUGUUGCCUUUGUUAACAAGAUGUGCUCCUCUUUUUGCUGGCACUGAGCACCAUGCUUCCCUCAUUGACUCAUUACUUCACACCGUGUACAGACUUUCUAAGGGCUGCUCACUUACCAAAGCUCAACGAGAUUCCAUAGAAGUGUGUUUACUCUCUAUUUGUGGCCAACUGAGACCUUCUAUGAUGCAGCACUUACUCAGAAGAUUAGUAUUUGAUGUCCCAUUAUUAAAUGAACAUGCAAAGAUGCCUCUUAAGCUGCUGACAAAUCAUUAUGAAAGAUGCUGGAAAUACUACUGCCUGCCUGGAGGGUGGGGAAACUUUGGAGCUGCCUCAGAAGAAGAACUUCAUUUAUCAAGAAAGUUGUUCUGGGGCAUUUUUGAUGCCCUGUCUCAAAAGAAAUAUGAACAAGAACUUUUCAAACUGGCACUGCCUUGCCUGAGUGCAGUUGCGGGAGCUUUGCCUCCAGACUACAUGGAGUCAAAUUAUGUCAGUAUGAUGGAAAAACAGUCAUCAAUGGAUUCUGAAGGGAACUUUAACCCACAACCUGUUGAUACCUCAAAUAUUACAAUUCCUGAGAAGUUGGAAUACUUCAUUAACAAAUAUGCAGAACAUUCCCAUGACAAGUGGUCAAUGGACAAGUUGGCAAAUGGAUGGAUUUAUGGAGAAAUAUAUUCAGACUCGUCUAAAGUUCAACCAUUAAUGAAGCCAUAUAAACUAUUAUCUGAAAAGGAAAAAGAAAUUUAUCGCUGGCCAAUCAAAGAAUCUUUAAAAACUAUGCUGGCCUGGGGGUGGAGAAUUGAAAGAACACGGGAGGGAGACAGCAUGGCCCUUUAUAACCGGACUCGUCGUAUUUCCCAGACAAGCCAGGUUUCUGUAGAUGCCGCCCAUGGUUAUAGCCCCCGAGCCAUUGACAUGAGCAAUGUUACACUAUCCAGAGAUCUGCAUGCUAUGGCGGAAAUGAUGGCUGAAAACUACCAUAAUAUAUGGGCAAAGAAAAAGAAACUGGAACUGGAGUCCAAAGGAGGUGGAAACCAUCCCCUGCUGGUACCCUAUGAUACACUGACGGCCAAAGAGAAAGCCAAGGAUAGGGAAAAAGCACAGGACAUCCUCAAGUUCCUGCAGAUCAAUGGCUAUGCUGUAUCCAGAGGAUUCAAGGACCUGGAAUUGGACACACCUUCUAUUGAGAAACGAUUUGCCUAUAGUUUCCUUCAGCAACUCAUUCGCUAUGUGGACGAAGCCCACCAGUAUAUCCUGGAGUUUGAUGGUGGCAGCAGAAGCAAAGGAGAACAUUUCCCUUAUGAACAAGAAAUCAAGUUCUUUGCUAAAGUUGUUCUUCCUUUAAUUGAUCAGUAUUUCAAAAACCAUCGUUUAUACUUCUUAUCUGCAGCAAGCAGACCUCUCUGUUCUGGAGGACAUGCAUCAAACAAAGAGAAAGAAAUGGUGACUAGCCUAUUCUGCAAACUUGGAGUUCUUGUCAGGCAUAGGAUUUCACUAUUUGGAAAUGAAUUGCAACACUCAAUUGUCAACUGUCUUCAUAUUGGUCAGACUUUGGAUGCAAGGACUGUGAUGAAGACUGGCCUGGAAAGUGUUAAAAGUGCGCUCAGAGCUUUCCUGGACAAUGCCGCAGAGGAUCUGGAGAAGACGAUGGAAAAUCUUAAGCAGGGCCAGUUCACCCACACCCGAAACCACCCAAAGGUGUUACUCAGAUUUCAUUAUACCACGGUGGCACUGUUGCCAAUGCUGUCAUCAUUAUUUGAGUAUUUGGCCAGCCAUCAGUUCGGAGAAGAUCUAAUAUUGGAAGAUGUACAGGUAUCAUGUUAUAGAAUUCUGACUAGCUUGUAUGCAUUGGGAACCAGCAAGAGUAUUUAUGUGGAAAGGCAACGUUCUGCAUUAGGAGAGUGUCUGGCUGCCUUUGCUGGUGCCUUUCCUGUAGCAUUUUUGGAAACUCAUCUCGACAAACACAAUAUUUACUCCAUCUACAAUACUAAGUCUUCUCGAGAGAGAGCAGCUCUUAAUUUGCCAACUAAUGUCGAAGAUGUUUGUCCAAAUAUACCAUCUUUGGAGAAACUCAUGGAAGAAAUUGUGGACUUAGCUGAGUCCGGUAUUCGCUACACACAAAUGCCACAUGUGAUGGAAGUUAUCCUGCCCAUGCUGUGUAGCUACAUGUCUCGUUGGUGGGAGCACGGACCCGAGAAUAAUCCAGGAAGGGCUGAGAUGUGCUGCACGGCUCUGAACUCAGAGCACAUGAACACGCUGCUGGGAAAUAUCCUGAAAAUCAUAUAUAAUAACUUGGGAAUUGAUGAGGGAGCCUGGAUGAAAAGGUUAGCAGUAUUUUCCCAGCCUAUUAUAAAUAAAGUGAAACCUCAGCUCUUGAAAACUCAUUUCUUGCCAUUAAUGGAGAAACUCAAGAAAAAGGCAGCGAUGGUGGUAUCAGAGGAAGACCAUCUGAAAUCCGAGGUCAGGGGGGAUAUGUCCGAGGCUGAACUUCUCAUUCUAGACGAGUUCACCACGCUGGCCAGAGAUCUCUAUGCCUUCUACCCGCUCUUGAUUAGAUUUGUGGAUUAUAACAGGGCAAAGUGGCUAAAAGAGCCUAACCCAGAAGCAGAAGAUCUUUUCCGCAUGGUUGCCGAGGUGUUUAUCUACUGGUCAAAAUCCCACAAUUUCAAAAGAGAAGAGCAGAACUUCGUGGUACAGAAUGAAAUCAACAAUAUGUCUUUUCUUAUUACGGACACCAAGUCAAAGAUGUCCAAGGCAGCUGUUUCUGAUCAGGAACGGAAGAAAAUGAAGCGCAAAGGAGACCGGUAUUCCAUGCAGACCUCUCUUAUCGUGGCAGCUCUGAAGCGAUUACUGCCCAUUGGCUUGAACAUCUGUGCCCCUGGGGACCAGGAGCUCAUUGCUCUGGCCAAAAAUCGAUUUAGUCUGAAAGACACUGAGGAUGAAGUUCGAGAUAUAAUCCGCAGUAAUAUUCACUUACAAGGCAAGGUGGAGGAUCCUGCUAUUAGAUGGCAGAUGACUCUUUACAAAGAUUUACCCAACAGGACAGAAGACACUUCCGAUCCUGAGAAGACAGUGGAAAGGGUCUUGGAUAUAGCAAAUGUGCUUUUUCAUCUUGAACAGAAAUCUACAUGUAUGCGCCGGAGAUAUUACAGUCCGGUCGAACAUCCUCAGAGAUCGAAAAAGGCCGUGUGGCACAAACUGCUCUCUAAGCAGAGGAAACGGGCAGUGGUUGCCUGCUUUCGGAUGGCUCCUUUAUAUAAUCUGCCAAGGCAUCGGGCUGUCAAUCUCUUUCUUCAGGGAUAUGAAAAAUCUUGGAUUGAGACAGAAGAACAUUACUUUGAAGAUAAACUGAUAGAAGAUUUAGCGAAACCUGGAGCAGAACCUCCGGAAGAAGAUGAAGGCACUAAGCGGGUUGAUCCUCUCCACCAGCUGAUCCUUCUGUUUAGUCGAACGGCUUUAACGGAGAAAUGCAAACUGGAGGAAGAUUUUUUAUAUAUGGCUUAUGCAGAUAUUAUGGCAAAGAGUUGUCAUGACGAGGAAGACGAUGAUGGGGAAGAGGAAGUGAAGAGUUUUGAAGUCACAGGAUCCCAGCGCAGCAAGGAAAAAGAAAUGGAAAAGCAAAAGCUUCUGUACCAACAAGCCAGGCUCCACGACCGCGGUGCGGCUGAGAUGGUGCUGCAGACCAUCAGUGCCAGCAAAGGUGAAACUGGACCCAUGGUGGCCGCUACUUUGAAACUUGGAAUUGCUAUCUUAAAUGGCGGGAACUCUACAGUACAGCAGAAAAUGCUUGACUACCUCAAGGAGAAAAAGGAUGUGGGCUUCUUUCAGAGCCUUGCUGGCCUGAUGCAGUCAUGCAGUGUCCUUGACCUAAACGCAUUUGAGCGACAAAACAAAGCUGAAGGACUUGGGAUGGUGACCGAGGAAGGAUCAGGAGAAAAGGUUCUGCAGGAUGACGAAUUCACCUGUGACCUCUUCCGCUUCUUGCAACUGCUUUGUGAGGGACACAGCUCAGAUUUUCAAAAUUAUCUGAGAACUCAGACUGGCAAUAAUACGACUGUCAACAUAAUCAUCUCUACUGUAGACUACCUACUGAGAGUUCAGGAAUCAAUCAGUGACUUCUAUUGGUAUUACUCUGGGAAAGAUGUCAUUGAUGAACAAGGACAAAGGAAUUUCUCCAAAGCGAUUCAAGUAGCAAAACAAGUCUUUAACACGCUUACAGAGUAUAUUCAGGGUCCUUGCACUGGCAACCAGCAGAGUUUGGCUCACAGCAGGCUCUGGGAUGCGGUGGUGGGUUUUCUUCAUGUAUUUGCCCACAUGCAGAUGAAGCUGUCUCAGGAUUCCAGUCAAAUUGAGCUGCUAAAAGAAUUGAUGGAUCUUCAGAAAGACAUGGUGGUCAUGUUGCUGUCCAUGUUGGAAGGCAAUGUGGUUAAUGGCACCAUCGGCAAACAGAUGGUUGAUAUGCUCGUGGAAUCUUCCAACAACGUGGAGAUGAUUCUCAAAUUUUUUGACAUGUUCUUAAAACUCAAGGACUUGACGUCCUCUGAUACCUUUAAAGAGUAUGACCCCGACGGUAAGGGAGUCAUCUCCAAGAGGGACUUCCACAAAGCGAUGGAGAGCCAUAAGCACUACACCCAAUCCGAGACUGAAUUUCUCCUGUCCUGCGCAGAGACCGAUGAAAACGAAACCCUAGACUACGAGGAAUUUGUCAAACGGUUCCACGAGCCCGCCAAGGACAUCGGCUUCAACGUGGCGGUGCUUCUGACAAACCUUUCUGAACACAUGCCCAACGACACCCGGCUGCAGACCUUCCUGGAAUUGGCCGAGAGCGUCCUGAAUUACUUCCAGCCCUUUCUGGGCCGCAUCGAGAUCAUGGGCAGCGCCAAGCGCAUCGAGAGGGUUUACUUUGAAAUCAGCGAGUCCAGCCGAACCCAGUGGGAGAAGCCCCAGGUCAAGGAGUCCAAAAGGCAAUUUAUAUUUGAUGUGGUCAACGAAGGGGGAGAAAAGGAGAAGAUGGAGCUCUUCGUGAACUUCUGUGAGGACACCAUAUUUGAGAUGCAGCUGGCCGCUCAGAUCUCAGAGUCGGAUUUGAACGAGAGGUCGGCGAAUAAAGAGGAGAGUGAGAAGCCAGAGGAGCAGGGGCCGAGGGUGGGUUUCUUUUCCAUCACGACGGUCAAGUCGGCCCUGUUUGCCCUCAGGUAUAAUAUCUUGACCCUUAUGCGGAUGCUCAGCUUAAAGAGCCUGAAGAAGCAGAUGAAGAAGGUGAAGAAGAUGACGGUGAAGGACAUGGUCACGGCCUUCCUCACGUCCUACUGGGGGGUCUUCAUGAGCCUCCUGCACUUCGUGGCGAGCGUUUUCAGAGGCUUCUCCCGCAUCGUUGGGAGCCUCCUGCUGGGAGGAAGCCUGGUGGAAGGGGCGAAGAAGAUCAAGGUGGCGGAGCUCUUGGCCAACAUGCCAGACCCCACGCAGGACGAGGUUCGAGGAGACGGGGAGGACGGGGAGAGGAAAGCCGUGGAAGGCGCCCUGCCCAACGAAGAUCUGACGGACCUAAAGGAACUGACGGAGGAGAGUGACCUGCUUUCCGACAUCUUUGGCCUGGACCUGAAGCGAGAAGGCGGGCAGUACAAACUGAUUCCUCAUAAUCCCAACGCUGGCCUGAGCGACCUCAUGAGCAACCCCGUCCCUAUCCCCGAGGUGCAAGAAAAGUUCCAGGAACAGAAGGCCAAAGAAGAAGAAAAGGAAGAAAAAGAAGAAAGCAAAUCCGAACCUGAGAAAGCCGAGGGAGAAGAUGGAGAAAAAGAAGAAAAAGCCAAAGAAGAUAAGGGUAAACAAAAACUGAGGCAGCUCCACACACACAGAUAUGGAGAGCCAGAAGUUCCUGAGUCAGCAUUCUGGAAGAAAAUCAUAGCCUAUCAACAGAAACUUCUAAACUAUUUUGCUCGCAACUUUUACAACAUGAGAAUGUUAGCCUUAUUUGUCGCCUUUGCAAUCAAUUUCAUCUUGCUCUUUUAUAAGGUCUCCACUGCUUCUGUGGUUGAAGGAAAGGAGCUCCCCACUCGCAGUUCAAGUGCAAACGCCAGAGUCAGCAGCCUGGAGAGCAGCUCGCCUAGAGUCCUCGCAGUUCACUACGUGCUGGAGGAGAGCAGCGGCUACAUGGAGCCCACGCUGCGUAUCUUAGCCAUUCUGCACACGGUUAUCUCUUUCUUCUGCAUCAUUGGGUACUACUGCUUGAAAGUCCCACUGGUUAUUUUUAAGCGAGAAAAGGAAGUAGCUCGAAAAUUGGAAUUUGAUGGGCUUUAUAUUACAGAACAGCCUUCAGAAGAUGAUAUUAAAGGCCAGUGGGAUAGACUCGUAAUCAACACACAGUCAUUUCCCAACAACUACUGGGACAAAUUUGUUAAAAGAAAGGUUAUGGAUAAAUAUGGAGAGUUCUAUGGCCGAGACAGAAUCAGCGAGUUACUUGGCAUGGACAAAGCUGCCCUGGACUUCAGCGACGCCCGGGAAAAGAAGAAGCCAAAGAAAGACAGCUCCCUGUCGGCCGUACUGAACUCUAUUGAUGUGAAGUAUCAGAUGUGGAAACUAGGAGUCGUUUUCACUGACAAUUCCUUCCUCUACCUUGCCUGGUAUAUGGCCAUGUCCGUUCUCGGGCACUAUAACAACUUUUUUUUUGCUGCUCAUCUUCUUGACAUUGCUAUGGGAUUCAAGACGUUAAGAACCAUCUUGUCAUCAGUCACACACAAUGGCAAACAGCUUGUAUUAACCGUUGGCUUAUUAGCUGUUGUCGUAUACCUAUAUACUGUCGUGGCAUUCAAUUUUUUCCGAAAAUUCUACAAUAAAAGUGAAGAUGGCGAUACACCGGACAUGAAAUGUGAUGACAUGCUAACGUGCUAUAUGUUCCACAUGUAUGUCGGGGUACGUGCCGGAGGGGGUAUCGGUGAUGAAAUCGAAGACCCAGCCGGCGAUGAAUAUGAGAUCUAUCGAAUCAUCUUUGACAUCACCUUCUUCUUCUUUGUAAUCGUCAUUCUCUUGGCCAUAAUACAAGGUUUAAUUAUCGAUGCUUUUGGGGAACUAAGAGACCAACAAGAACAGGUCAAAGAAGACAUGGAGACCAAGUGCUUCAUCUGUGGGAUAGGCAAUGAUUACUUCGACACUGUGCCCCAUGGCUUUGAAACCCACACUUUACAGGAACACAACUUGGCCAAUUAUCUGUUUUUUCUGAUGUAUCUCAUAAACAAAGAUGAAACAGAGCACACAGGACAGGAAUCUUAUGUUUGGAAGAUGUAUCAAGAAAGGUGCUGGGAAUUUUUCCCGGCUGGGGAUUGUUUCCGGAAACAGUACGAAGACCAGCUAAAUUAAUCUCAGUCCCAGAUCACCUCCGAAAACAAAAACACACACACACACACACGCUCUCUCUGUCUUUGUCUCUGUUCUUCUGUUUCUAGACUCUGUCUCUCUCUCUCUGUUCCCUUGGAAACAUCUGCUGAUUUUCUGAAUUGCCAGCGUUACAUGCUUUCUCGGAGCAGUGAAGCUGUGUUUCUGAAGACUUGACUGUGCUUUUUCCCCCACCUAGUGUAUUUUCUUUGAGAAUAAUGACUGAAGAAUAAUCUAAAUUCAUACAAGGACAAAAUAGGAACUUUGGAAAGAAAACCAUUCUGGAGACUCUCAAUCAUUACACACACAGAUUUCCUUCUGAGACGCCUGGAAAUCAGCUUGCACUGUGGGACCUUCACAGAGAAGCGUGGCAGCCACACUCAUCCGGCCUCUUUAUUUCACCAUCCGGAAAGGAACUCUCUAAUGGUCACAGAGCACUGUCGCACUUACCAGAUUGCCGUGGACACCAGUUACGAAGGGAAAUAGUGCCUUACUAUAUGUGGGUUGAGCUAUGCAGAAGAUAUGUGCAUGAAGAAACAUCUUUAUUUUCUUUAUGUCGACUUUUUUUCUUAGUUAGAUUGAUUUUUGUGAGGGUUUUUUUUUUUUUUUCUUUCAUGCUUUUCUUUGGUGGGGGAGGGUAAGAAAAGCAGUUUGCGUGCACCUUUUAAAGAAGACGGGUGGCCUGUCUCAGGAUGCGAGGAGGUUCUUCUCAUUCAUCCAGAUGCCCAUUUCCCCUCCCCCUGUGCUCCUGCUCUUAUUUUGCUAAUGCUCUGAUGCAAUAUUGCAACUUUAUGAAAUCUUUGUAUGAAAACAAAAAGACUGCAAAAAAUACACUUUCAAAAGAAAUAAUUCAUUGCAUGUUUAUUAUGCAAGUUUAAACGAACCAAGAAAACCUUCAGAAGCAAGUUGAUCCACGUGAAAGAACUUUCAUGAUAAUUAUAUUCAUAGUAAUAAAGUGUCGUGGGCUUAAUUGUAUAUUUGGAGCCAGUGUCAUCCACCAACAAUGUGAUACAUUAUGAACUUGACAGUAGUUUUGGGUUUUUCUCUUUCUUUCGGCCACCUGUGAUCAGUUGUGGAUUAAGGACUUCUUGUCAGGCCAUUUUUUUAAUAUCAAAGCUGAAGCAAUAUCCAUUCAGGGAUUUCAUCAGUUGCAUCAAAAAAAACACGAAUAAUAAUAUAUCAAUCACUCCAUUUUGAGUCCUUUUAAAUGUAAUGCGAAUCUUUACAAAUAAAAAAGAGAUUCAGAAUGGAAGCAAGGUCAUUUUGCAAAUAUUGGAGCUCUUUUAUUACAAGGUCUGCUUGUUAAUUUUAGAAUUGUAAAACUGCUCUGAUUAAACUAUUUAACUUUC